CGUAUAUUUUCUGGUAUUAUAUCAUGGACACACCGAUAGUUAAGUUGUCAGAUAAAGAUUUAGAAUCGGUUUAUGAACCUUCGGAAGAUUCCUUCCUGUUGAUAGAUGCCUUAGAGAAUGAUUUAGAGGUACUAAAAUCGUUAAGACCUGUGAUGUGCUUAGAGAUAGGUAGUGGGUCCGGCGUUGUGAUCACAGCACUGGCAAUGGCAUUGAGAAAUCAUUGCCAACCCUGUCAUUUAGCGAUCGAUAUUAAUUUCCAUGCGUGUGAAAUCUCAAAGAGAACUGCUAUACAAAAUUCGGUAGAUUUAGAUACUGUACAAAUGGACUUGUUAAGCUGUAUACGUGACGAUUGUAUUUUCGAUGUCAUCGUGUUCAAUCCCCCGUACGUAGUUACAAACGACGAUGAAAUCUCGAACGGAGAUGUCUUAUUCAAAGCUUGGGCAGGUGGUGCGAACGGUAGAAAAGUUAUGGAACGUGUGUUCCUUACAAUUCCUAAUAUUCUAUCUGACCUAGGAGUAUUUUACAUGUUAGUUAUCAAAGAGAACGAUCCGGAAUAUAUUUUACGCGUAUUUCGAAGUUUGAACAUGAUCGGAGAGAUAGUGAUCGAAAGGAGAAUCAGAGGGGAACAUUUGUAUAUACUACGUUUCAGAAAAGCGAAGUAGCUAAACAUCUACAACCAACAGUUAUUCUGUCGCUCGUUUGUGUAAAUAAGGAAUGAGAGGAUCGAUUGUGAUUUCUGUUUUGUAUAUAUUUUGCUAGU